GCCCACCUCCCGGCGCUGAGAGCCUCCGGGUGUAGGUGUCCCGCGCAGAGCGGGUGGAACCGCCUUCCUGCCUCCAGGGGGCAGCGGCCGCGCUCUGGUCCCUUCGUGGACAGCUCGGCGCCCGCGCCGCUCUUCCUGUCGCUGGGAGUGGCGGGCCGACCAGCGGGCGGCCCGGGCCGGCGGUCGCCAUUCCCGUGUCGCUGCGCCCGCGGGGGCCGCCCGAGCCCGCCACGAUGCCACUGGGCCUGAAGCCUACCUGCAGCGUCUGCAAGACCACGUCGUCCUCUAUGUGGAAGAAGGGCCCGCAAGGGGAGAUCCUCUGCCACCACUGCACGGGCCGGGGCGGCGCGGGCGGCGGGGGCGCCGGCACAGGGGCGACUGGCGGGACUGGGUGCAGCAGUGGCGGUGGCGGCUUCGGCGCGGCGACCUUCGCUAGCACCUCUGCUGCCCCUCCGCAGAGCAACGGGGGCGGGGGCGGCAAGCAGAGUAAGCAGGAAAUUCACAGGAGGUCUGCUCGUCUGAGAAACACUAAAUACAAAUCUGCUCCAGCUGCUGAAAAGAAAGUUUCCACCAAAGGAAAAGGGAGAAGACAUAUUUUUAAAUUAAAAAAUCCCAUCAAAGCUCCUGAGUCUGUUUCCACUAUAAUCACUGCAGAAUCGAUCUUCUACAAGGGAGUCUAUUACCAAAUUGGAGACGUUGUUUCUGUGAUUGAUGAACAAGAUGGAAAGCCCUACUAUGCUCAGAUCAGGGGCUUCAUCCAGGACCAGUAUUGCGAGAAGAGUGCCGCACUGACGUGGCUCAUUCCCACCCUUUCUAGCCCCCGGGGCCAGUUUGAUCCUGCAUCCUACAUCAUCGGUGAGUAUGACAAGUGGCACAGGACCAGAGGAGGAUCUUCCAAGGAAGAUGGAAUACUUGGAAUUUGUGUGUCACGCACCUUCUGAAUAUUUCAAGUCACGUUCAUCACCAUUUCCCACGGUUCCAACCAGACCAGAGAAGGGCUAUAUAUGGACUCAUGUUGGACCCACUCCUGCAAUCACUAUUAAGGAAACAGUUGCCAACCAUUUGUAGUUUAGAAAGUAAAACUUAUUUCCAGUUAUCUUGGAUUCAUAGUACUCUAAGACUUGCCACAUAUUUCUUUCAUGAAAUUCCUAGAUGGAAAGAAGACUAAGAAGUUUUUCCCUACUACCCAGUAACCAGUAGCUUAUUUAUUACUAGUCACUUGGAAAGUAAAAAGGGAUAACAAGGAAUUAAAUUACAGGCAAAGGCUAUAAUUUCCAGGGAGACCAUUAGGAACGGUGGUAUCUAUUUUUCUCCAUGGAUUGUAUUUCUCUAAAUGGAUUGUAUUUUUCUACAAGAACAAAAUGGUAAUUAAGGUUUAGAUUUCUAAGGACUUAAUCAAAUAAAAUAUAGCUAUGACCAACUGUAUCUAUCACAAAGUUACACAAGCUUUAUUUUCUCAUCUAGAAAAUACUAGGUAUACUCUUGGCCACUUAAACCUUAAAGAAACUGAUAGGUGGAUGAUUGUAUUAGCCUGGGCUUUUUAAAACUUUAUUCUGCAGCAAACAGAUUCAGAAGUAUUUUGUUGAUCUUAACAGAGCUGCUCAUUCUUCAUUGUUUUUACCUCCCUUUCUCAAACUGAGGUUUCCAAUCAAACAAUAAAAUUUUGUAGAGCAGACAGUGAACUUCAUGAAAAACACAUAGGAGACACCUAGUGUUCAGGCAUCCCACUUGGUAGUUUCUUGACUACCAUUAGAACAACCUUUUGGCAGUCAUAAAAAUGAUUAAUGGGCCAUAAGCAUUUAAUAUCUUCAAAAAGUCUACCAUCUGCUAUAGAGUCAUAGUAACAGGCCUAAAACAAAGUCUUAGACUUAGAAGCCCUGUUUUCUAUGAAAUUGUCCAGAAUUCAGCUGUAAGUUUUACUUCAAAUGCAGGUCAGCUAAGUAAGGGGACAACAAUGUGAAAAUGGGAAGAAGUGGGGACCAUACACUCGUGCCUCCAAUUCUGUCGUGACUUAACCAGCAUUUUUCAACUCCAGGAAAAUUUGUCAGAAUCUUAUUUAAUCAUAGUGAUUUUGAGUUGUAGCAGUUUUACCUGUUCACAUUUUUCUACACAGUGAUGGUUUGUAUGUUAGAAGCAAGCAACUGUAGAUAGCUCUAUGUACAUAGUUAUCUCUACAAAAGUUACAGUAAAAUUUGUUGUAAAUACUAUUGUAAAUAGCUAAGUGCCAAUAUUCAAACUUUUGGAUUAAAAUGUAUUUUUCAUAUUGUA